GGCGUGUCCUGCUAGCUUGGCUUCUUCAACAUGGCGGCGCCCGUGGAGGUGGAGGUGGAGUUCGGAGGCGGUGCAGAGCUCCUGUUUAACGGAGUAAAAAAACAUCAAGUCACCUUACCUGGGCAAGAGGAACCCUGGAACAUCCGGAACCUCCUUGUCUGGAUCAAGAAGAAUUUGCUAAAAGAGCGGCCAGAGCUGUUCAUCCAGGGAGACAGUGUGCGGCCAGGAAUCCUGGUGCUGAUUAAUGAUGCCGACUGGGAACUGCUGGGGGAGCUGGACUACCAGCUGCAGGACCAGGACAGCAUCCUCUUCAUCUCCACACUGCACGGCGGCUGAGGGCUCUUCUGUGAGCCCAAGCACCUUUGCAAAGGGAGCACAGGACAACCACAGCUCUCCUCGGGCUCUGCUUCCAGGUCCUCAGUCUCCCUUGGCUGCCUCCUUCCCUGCUGUACCCCUGAGUCUUCUCUAGGCAGGGAAAAGAGGCCAGGUGCUAAAAAUGAGCCUUUCUGGGCAAGGCACGUGAGCAGGGAGGGAGAGCAGACGCCUGAGCCCAGAUCUCCCAGCAGCUGAGGUGGGGGAGGGUACUCCUGUGAUCUGUCAGGAGUGGAGGGGGUCUAUGCCAGGUGACCCAGCUGCUUGCCACUCCUGUGUCUUGGUAUAACUAAGCACUGUGUGACUGCCUGGAAGGCACUCCAGUUCCACAGCCGUCUUCAUGGAGAAGAUGGAUGGACUGGAGUAACUGAUGAGAAGCCCCUCCCUUGCCAAAGAUUAGAGGGGCCUCCGCCUCAGUUUCCCCAUCUGGACACAGAGGGCUCUGCCUGUCCCCCACUGAUAUCAUUAUGGAACCCCAGCUGGGGUCCCCUAUUCAGUGCUCACCUCCCUCCCCUCUACCCAGCAGCUGCUGUCCUAUCCACAUACUCCUCCUCCUGUCACCCCCCCCCAUCCCAGCCCUUGACCCUGACUGGCCUCCCCCCACAUAGGCCACCAGAUGGGCUCCUGAGACACUCUCCAGGCUGCCCACAACUCAUUCUGCUUGGGGUAGAGAAUGAAAGGAAGUAGCCUAACCUUAGGGGCUGGGGCGUCAGCAUAUGCAACUCCUAGCUUCCUAAAACAAGCAGGGUUUGGGGGUGCAGCGCCUAGUAGACAGAGGGCUUUCCUCUUUCCCUUUCCUCCAUCCCUUCUGGAAGUCUGGGGACCUUAUGUCUGCAACAGCUGGCCUUGGGCAAAUAAAAAGACUAGUUUGUUUACUA